AUGUCUCCAAUGGACGCUGCAGGCGAAGCGCGUCUAGCAAAGUUGCGCGCGUGUAUUCGCAAAAAGUUCGGAUCAAGUGGCAGCAAAUGCCGCACGAAACGCGCGCUAGUUAUGGCGGACGAAGGCUCACCGUCCACGAAAACGCCGCGCACGAGAGUUCGCCAACGCAUUGCUCAGGCCUCACACCUCAGCUCAGAACAGCUUUUUGUUCAGCAAUUUGGUAGCGGCGUGGAGCUGAUGAGUGAAGAGUUUGAUCUUGCCCGACCGACCGGUCACCCCGUCCGUUUAUCAACCUCAUCGACUACCACAAUACAACAACAACAAGCAGUCAUAGCGCCGACUAAUUAUUUUUCCUUUGCUUCGAUGGCAAUAUCGAAUUCUUCGUUUGCCAGUUCACUUCCUGCACCAUUGACUUCCGUCCACAAAUUGACGCGACCGAAACACAUUCGCACGCCAAGAAAGGCAGCUGUUAAAAGAAUACGAGGAGGAGAAGGCAGCGCCGAGAAAGCACUUUUGUUGAGAAAGCCUCGACUUGGUGGAGCCAGCUCCAGUAGCAUCAAUUACACUGGUUCAAGCGUCUCGGCGAUGGGCCAUCAGACAGUCACAACCCUGUCAUCGUCUUUCGACACUGAGAAAGCUUUUGCGUCUGUCACGAACCAAAAUUGCAAGUUCCAGCCUAGCAGCUAUUUUUCAGUGACGUCACCAAGUAAAUUUCACUUCCCUUCUAGCGCUACGAAACUUUUACCGCAACGCCAGGCACUGCGGCGGUAA